AUGUAUGCCAAUGAUGAGGUGAGCAUCAAGACAAGGAAAGAGUGGGCUUUGGAGACUGAUGGUGUCAACUUGAAGGCAGUGAUGUGCAUUCCAGGUGUCAGCUUUAGUCCCACAUACUUGAACAACUGCAUUGAGAGCUUUGCCACACUUAGGGUUGAAGCUGUGUGUGCAACAAUCAUGAAGGAACUGCAAGGAGCCUUUGAAUUUGAUGGUUCAUAUGUCAAUUACCACCACCUGGCAUUGCCCUGCAACCUCCUGACCCAUUGCAGAAUGCUCAUGGCAAUCACUCAUCAUGGUAUUAACUAUCCUGAUACUGGUGCCCUGAUGUGUUGCUCAUUUGAGGAAAUGGUGGAGAUUCUGAUGGAAGCUGCUGCUGUUGGUGAAAAUAAUGAUUGUCAUGGUAUCAUGAAAGAGGUUAUGUUUGGCCAGCUUGUGCCUAUAGGUACAGGUGCCUUUGACAUCACACUGGAUAUCAACAUACUUAAAGACACCAUCAUUGAUCAUUGUCUGCUGGCACAAAAUAUUCUUACUGCUCACGUGGACUGCAGUAUGACACCAAGCCAAGUAGUGAUGAUGCUAUAUGACACAGACUCCCCCACAUGGUCAGAGAGUAACUUCAAGGGCGAGUCAGUGGCCCUCUCACCCCUUGCCAUCAAUAGCAAAGAAGAUCCUGCCAACUUUUCAUUCCUUGGAUACAGGAAGAGUCCUUUGGGUGCAGGAGACAUGUCACCUGCUGGCCCCCCUGGGUAUAGUCUGAGCUCUCCCAAUGCAUACUUGCCUACAUUGCCUUAUGUCCCUCAAUCUCCAUACAGUGGAACGACCUCACCAUUCGGUACAUUGGUACAUGUGACAUCCCCAUUCUAUGACAGAAGCCAAGGGGCUACAUCACCAACAUACUUCCUGACAUCACCUGCUCUCAAUCUCAUGUCUCCCUGUUAUUCACCAACCAGUCCACGGUACAGUCUGCAACCACUUUCCUUCAGUCCCACAUCUCUGCAGUACUCACCAACUGGCCCAUCCUUUGUCUCCAAGAUGUAA